CAGCACUGUGGGGGUGGGCACAGGUGGGUGGGCACUGGUGGGCACAGGUGGGUGGCACUGCUGGGCACAGGUGGGUGGCACUGCUGGGCACAGGUAGGUGGCACUGCAGAGUGGCACAGGUGGGUGCACUGCUGGGCACAGGUGGGUGAUCUGCUGGGCACAGGUGGGAGGAGCUAGUGGGCGCACUGCUGGGCACAGGUGGGCAGAACUUGCGGGGGUCACUGCUGGGCACCGAUUAUCAGGGCACUGAUCAUCACGUGUCAUUGGACACCGCUGAUCACGUGGAAAAGGCCGCUGUGAUUGGC